UAUGGAGCAAAGUCCAUUUUAGUCCUUGUGCCGGCCACAUCGUUUUAAGACCCGACACAGACACACUUGGUCUUCCUCUGACCAAGACCAACGAACCAACCUCUUCCUCCGACUACCGUUCUCCUCCUAUUUUGACCUUAGUCCAUGGGAAACUGCAGCAGCGGGGCCGGAGCCCCCACCACCUACUCCGACGACCAUCCCCACCACAACGGCAUAACCGUCCUCCCUCCCAACUCAAACCCUUCACCCCAACUCCCCAAGCCCCCACCGACCUCCUCCUCCUCCUCCUCGCUGGGCCGGGUUUUGGGCCGGCCCAUGGAGGAUGUCCGGUCCAUUUACAUAUUCGGGCGGGAGCUGGGGCGCGGGCAGUUCGGCGUGACGUACCUGGUGACCCACAAGGCCACGAAGGAGCAGUUCGCGUGCAAGUCAAUCGCGACGCGGAAGCUGGUCAACCGCGACGACAUCGACGACAUCCGCCGCGAGGUCCAGAUCAUGCACCACCUCACCGGCCACCGCAACAUCGUCGAGCUCAAGGGCGCCUACGAGGACCGCCACUCCGUCAACCUCGUCAUGGAGCUCUGCGCCGGCGGUGAGCUCUUCGACCGCAUCAUCACCAAGGGCCACUACUCCGAGCGCGCCGCCGCCAACUCCUGCCGCCAGAUCGUCACCGUCGUCCAUAACUGCCACUCCAUGGGAGUCAUGCAUAGGGACUUGAAGCCCGAGAAUUUCUUGUUGCUCAACAAGAACGAUGAUUCCCCCCUCAAGGCCACAGAUUUUGGCCUCUCCGUCUUUUUUAAGCCAGGGGAUGUGUUUAGAGACCUUGUUGGGAGUGCUUACUAUGUUGCUCCUGAGGUGCUGAGAAGAAGUUAUGGACCUGAAGCUGAUAUUUGGAGUGCUGGAGUUAUAUUGUACAUUCUACUUUCUGGUGUUCCACCUUUUUGGGCAGAAAAUGAACAGGGUAUCUUUGAUGCUAUUCUUCGUGGACAUAUUGAUUUUGCAUCAGAUCCUUGGCCUUCCAUAUCAAGUAGUGCCAAAGAUCUGGUCAAGAAGAUGCUACGAGCUGACCCUAAAGAGCGACUUUCAGCGGUUGAAGUACUUAAUCAUCCCUGGAUGAGAGUGGAUGGAGAUGCACCUGAUAAGCCUCUUGAUAUUGCUGUUUUAACCAGAAUGAAACAAUUCCGAGCAAUGAACAAGCUAAAAAAAGUAGCUCUGAAGGUUAUUGCUGAAAACCUUUCUGAAGAAGAAAUUAUUGGCUUGAAAGAAAUGUUCAAAUCCAUGGACACAGAUAACAGUGGAACAAUCACAUUCGAAGAGUUGAAAGCUGGUCUCCCAAAAUUGGGUACUAAACUUUCCGAAUCUGAAGUUAGGCAGUUGAUGGAAGCGGCUGAUGUAGAUGGAAAUGGAACCAUUGAUUACAUUGAAUUUAUAACUGCUACCAUGCACAUGAAUAGAAUGGAAAGAGAGGAUCACCUAUAUAAAGCCUUUGAAUAUUUUGACAAUGAUAAGAGCGGGUACAUCACAAUGGAAGAGUUGGAAUCUGCCCUUAAGAAAUAUAAUAUGGGUGAUGAGAAAACAAUAAAGGAGAUCAUUGCUGAAGUUGAUACAGACAAUGAUGGAAGAAUUAACUAUGAUGAGUUUGUAGCCAUGAUGAGGAAAGGCAACCCAGACAUAACGCACAUAACCCAAAGACGUCGCAAAUAAGCUAUGCUUUGUGGUUUGUUGGGUUCAGAGUGUCUACACGUUUUAGUAUUACGGCCUGCUAUUUGAUUAGGCACUUGCAUGAUAUUUGUGGGUCUAGACUCUAGUUGGACAAGUUUAUUUCUACUGCUUGAGCAGACACGAAUGGGUACAAAUCAAAGGAAAAACAGAACAAUCCUUUUUUUCACAA